AUGUCCAUUGACCGUGAGCAAGAUGUCGCCAAGUAUGCCGAGUUGAAACCCAAGAGCUCGGCCGAUGCCCAACUGGCAAUGUCAAAAGUGUAUACUUCGAGAAGCUGGAACUUGCCCCCGAGAAGCAAGCCGGGAAGGAGGCCGACGUUUAGAAACGGCACUGUGAGCCAGACUAGUACGGACCAACAAUCUCGAGCUGAAGGGUCUGAGGAAGAAUCAUACGACCUGGAAGAGAGAAAGAAGAGACAAAACCGUGAUGCCCAACGUGCCUAUAGGGAAAGAAGGGCUAAUAGGUUGUUGGAACUGGAAGGUGUCGUGGAAACCUUGCAAAAUUUAGUGAAAACUUGGCAAAGAAAAUAUAAAGCUGUGGAAUCGGAGUUGAAUGAGAGCAAAAGACGGGUGGCAGUAGUCGAGGAAGAGAAUGCAUCUUUGCAGAAAAAACUGGGGGAGAUUUUAGCGUCUGCCCAGUCAACCAACCUCGUUCGUCAUGAAGAAGCGGACACUAUGCUUUUAGAUCCGCUCUUGCAAGGCAUGAUUCAUAACUUCAAGCCGAUGAAAGCUGUCGCUUUGAAGAAAAGGAAGCUCUCGGAAAAUGCGAGAAUUAAUGCUCGAGACUCUUCUGAUGUGCCCGGAGGACUUGAUUUGACACCGGCGUCGGCAAGUUCAGUAGACUGUGGUUUCUGUUCGGGCGACACAGCAUGUGUUUGCGAGGAACUCGCCAAUGGCAAUAGCGAGAGCAAUGUGAGCAAUAGGUGUACAGAGGAUACCGCAACAUGCACUAAAUGCUCUAACAUUGAAGAGUCCUGUAUCAAACCUCAGGCAUUUAAAGAAGCGAUUGUUCAGACGGCCGUUUCUCGUAAGCGAUGCAUCUCUGCGCCUCAAAGCACCGGCAUGCCCGCGUUGUUUGAUAAAGCAACUGUCUCGUUACAAACCAGCGUUAGUCUCGGAAGCGCCGAGAGUUUAGCGGCGGAUGGCGGCCACUAUCCCAAUUCCCGCCGCACGGCGUGUGGCUGCAAAGAGAAGUCCCCCGCAGGUACCAAAUAUGUCCCAAUGAUAGCAAAGGAUUCUGACUUGAAGUUGCUCGGUCUAGACCACGGUGAACAGCCAAAUACUAUGGAUCCCAAUUUUGUUCCUGGUUCUUGCACAAAGUGCCAGAGGGACCCACAAAGGAAAGCGUUUUGCCAAGCGAUUUUUGGUCCUCCAACAGAGCAGAACUGUGACGGCAAAAAGAGCUCCUGCUGUGGUGAAGGAUCCUGCUCGAAAGCAGAUCAAUAG